UUAUGGUACUCGUAGAAAUACAUUUAUAUACUGGCAAUAAUUUGUUUGUCAGACUUCGCGCCAGAAUCGCGCAAGAGAUGUCAAUUUGUCAAAGACCAAAAAAAAACAUUGUUUAUGACGGUGCAUUGUUCGUGAAAAUAACGAUAUUCUGAUGUUAUUUCUACAUAUUCCUUAGUAAAAUAUUUUGCAGCAAUGUCAAAAGAAGUAAACAAAAAAGAAAUAACAUUCAUUGCGAUGCCGACAGUAAACUUAAAGAGUUUGCACUCUAUCCUAGACUGCAUGGAAGAAUUAGAUUCCGGGUUCAGAAUAAAACACAAAUAUGCGGAAAUAACGAACGCAUUUCAUGAUCCUGGCCCCCUAGACACAAAGACAGCUGAAAGACUUCUUGCUGUCUGUGUUGAUGACUUGAAAAAUGACUUACAGUAUUCUGCUAAUGCCAUUUUGGUAAUUCAACUUGUUUUGAAGAAAGUUCAGGAAAGGAAAUGCAUACCAGAACCAGAUCUCCUACCAUCGGUACAAGCAAUAUUCGAUGUGAACAAGAAGCUACAUAAACUACAAGGACUCAAAUCAUUGAUAAUUGAUACUAUAUUGGCAUUUCCUGGUGACAUAUUUGUUACCUUAGCCACAACUCAUGGUAAUGAGUUGAUAGAGUUCCUGGACUUCAACUAUAUGCAAUCAAAUGACUUCUUAUACAAGACUCAAGUAACAAAAGUCCUGAUAAAGAUAUUAAACCUAUUACCAAUUGAAAAAAGACUUGAAUUCACAAGAGAAGGUCUCAAUGUUUGGUUUAAAAACAUUAUUACUGCAAUGGUUACACUAGCAUUUGAAGAGAAAGAUGCUCUGAAACUGAAUCUGAAAGGACUAGAACUUCUGGUCGAGGCUAUAGUUCCACAUGACUAUGAGAACAAUCCUUUUUGGGAAAAUGUAUAUGAGAAUAUCUGUAAUCCUAAAAGAUAUCCAAAGGCCUUAAAAUCCUUAGUGGAUAAUAACAAUGAAGACUGGCAUAGGUUAUGGAUUGUUUUUAUCAAACUGCUCAAAGACCAGAUAACUAAGACAAAUGGUGGGUCCAGUCCAAUCAAUGCCCUGCUUCCAGUCAUUGAGAUGGCCUUCAAACUGGAUGUAACCAACAGAUGUAGAGCGUUCCAGUGCUGGAACGUCCUUACGGACAAUUUCUCGCAAGAAAACAAUGAGUUUCUAGUAAAUAAAAGGUUAAAACUCCUGAUGAUUCCGUUGAAGUUAAACAAUGCUAAAGUGACAACCACUGUUCUUGCCAAGUUCAAUACAUGGUGGCAUUUGAUAAGGAAGUUUGAGAAUAAACUCGACAAGUUUACCGACAUGGUCCUGAUUCCGUUUGUGCACUUCUGUUUUGGAAAAUACUCCGGUAGUUUGAAGGUAUCUAAUUCAGCUCCUGGGCAAAUGUCCCCUGCAAUAGCUAAGGAAAGUGCGGAUGCGCUGACAGAGAUUAUUGGUCACUAUAAUUGUGACGGUUGUGUGACGCUACCGAGACUAAAUAACAAGUUAAUAAACACUAAGAUUUUGGCUGAACAUUGGAGUGACUGGAUGGUUGCCUUGUGUAGUGCAAUCAAGACCUUAGCAAAUGGUGAUAGCGGGGGAUGUAAAACGCGGCAACUGACAUGCCUUUGGAAAGGAUUUGUCGUCACCAUAGGAGAAUUGCCGGCCAACCAAAUUAGAGCGGAUCUCUUCAAUGAAUUGUUGAAGGUUGCUUUAGAUUUAGUCGCGCAUAGCAACACUGCUGGUAAUCUGGAUAAGGUAGUGUUCAAUGUGUUAAUAAUACCAUUAUUUGACGACGAUCCGAAAAUCAAACACUUGCUGAAGACUAAGAAUGCGAAAGGCCCAAUUUACACAAUUCUGGAAAUUCUGCUAAGCCAAGGUUUAGAUAACUUUUUUUCAAGGGAAAAUGCAGAAGAAAUAAGGACAAAAUUAAAGCGCCUAACAAAUGUCAUAUUGGACGAAGCGCUAGUACAACCAGAUGAAAUAACAACAUGGUUAUUGGUAGACGAAGUGGAUACUAAAAGUAAACUGAUGAUAUGGGCUGCCCUCGCCGCGUCGAUAUGCGAGUCUAAGUACAAAAUGAGCCUGGAGAUCCUGUGCAGAAUGGUCCUAGGGCCAUUGAACACAAUGAACGUAUUGCCGUUGUCAAAAUCCGAAGUGGUAUGGCGCGAUUGGUACACAUUGUACGGCUACGUACAUCCAAUGAUGACAGACGACAGCCUUGACAGUAAAAUCGCCGCCAUUUUACUGGGUAAAAGAGGGUUCACGCCCACAAAUAUUUUUUUUAUGUUCGGUGCAACGCUCGCAUUGCUCAAACAGAAACUAUUAAGUGGCAAAGACGCGGAAUGUGAUUGGGAAGCAGAAGCACUACUGAGUGUGAUGAGCAGUUUAAAGGAAUCCACAAUGGAGAAAAGCUUACCAAUACUGGUAGAAGUAUUGGUCAUUCUAUUAAACAAAUUGGUUGAAAAAGUGAACUUAAAGCUUGCAGAAUAUUGUGUCGGGAUGGUCAAAGUUAUAUUUAAAGUUUUAUUUGUGCAUAAGCUGAAAACAGACGAUGUCGUUCCCGAAUUAACGGUACUGGAUAACAUUUUCAAACCGAUCGAUGGCAUAUUUCAAAAAGAAGAGUAUGGACCGAUAAAGCCUACGUUAGCAAACGCACUUGUUUCAAGUUUGCCGCUUAUUAAAGAUGAUUCUCAUCUGAAGAAAAGUAUUAAGACGGUCUUGAACACAUUUUUGGCACAAAUAAAAGAAGACGACAAAGAGUUGUUUGAUAAUAUUAAAUUUGCCAUAGAUGAUGUGGCAAGUAAAUCCAACAACAGCAAGCAAGAUCAACACAAAGCUGGCUUCACUGCACCUCCGCCUAAAUCAUCUAAAAAGUCAAAGAAGAAAGAGCCCAAUAUAGUAAACACUGUUGUAGAAGAUGGGGAAGAGUUUGUGGUAGUUAAAUCAAAUUGGAAAUUCAAUCCGAAGAAACUUACUGAAAAUCAGAAAGAGAAAUUAAAAAGGAAACGAGAAGAUAUUCCAGCUUUGUACCAAGACCUCUCGCAAUCUCAAGAUGAAUUUAAAUUAACUUCAUGGAAAACUGACUCUCAAGAUGCGUCGACUACUACUAGUAGUAAAUCCAAUAAUAAAACCAAUGAAGAUUUUACUGAUAUCCUAAAAAACAUACCUAGCACAGAUAUUGUACCGAAAAUAAUGGAAAACAUUAUCUCAGACAAUAAAGACACAGACAAAGCUACCGAAAAAUCCAUUGCUAAUGAGAAGCAGCAACCGUCACCAGCAAUUAAAGACCCUAAAACUCCUCGUCUGGCUUUGAAAGAUAGAGUUUUUAGGAACGUCAGAAACCUUAUUGAAAAAUCUGGUGUGCCAACCGAUGUCAAAGUACCUCAACAGAUCACAGAAGACUUGAAUCAGACUGUGAAUGAAAAUGAUCUUAAAACGCCAGUAUCGAAAGCAAAAACAAUAGCUAACGUGACGAAUUCAGCCCCUCCAAAAAUAGUAUCAGAGCGACCAACACGUUCUAUUAAGAAACCUAAGAAGUUUGAAGACACUGAAGUGUUUGCUUUGAAAAAGAAACGACGGGUACUCAGUGGCUCUCUAGAUAGCGAUACGUCAGACAAAUCUGAAGGUAUAGCUCAUGACCAGGAAUUAACAAAAGACAAACAUGAGCCUGAUAAAGAAGUUCAAAAUGUGACAAUAGACUCCGAAAAGUUACAUAUUAACAAGCAGAACACAAAAGCGAUUGAACCUCUAUCAUCAAUAAAUUUAGAGACUAAAGAAAAAGAAGAAACAGCUCCGGUCGAAAAAGCCGAAGAGUCACACGUACUCCAAUAUACUGAACUCAGCGAUAAAAAAUCUGUGAUUGUGGAAAAAGUGAAUCAUAAUAUUGAAUCACAGGAGGAUAAAGCCGCAGAAUCGACUAAAGAUGAACAAGAGCAGAAUGAAUCAACUGAUAAUCCCUCGCAAGUCAUAGAGGAGAUAUCUACACCAAAACCUGCGUCUAAAAAGAAAGAAUUAGAUGACCACUCUACCAUAAAAAAGAAACGAUCCCGUAUAGAAAAACAACUAUUGAUAGACAUGGUGGAAGGUCAUCCAGUGUUGCAAUCGCAAUCGGAGAAACGAGUCACUAGGAAAAAUUUACCCAAUGAUAAAGAUAAUGUGAGCAAACGAAGAAAGAGUCUCAUAGAAAAAUCGAAUAAAAUUAAGGCUGAACUUGGUGUUGUAGGCGAUAAGAAAGGUAAGGGAAAAAUAAGAUCGCCAAAGUCAGCACAACAAGAAUCUCAACCGAUGACGAUUGUCGAAGGGACGCAAGAAAAAAUACUUGAAUCUUCCCAAGAACCGCCCAUGUCUGAAGAUGUAAUCGAAAGCUCACAGGAUUCUACAAUUACGACUAUUUCAGUAAAAUCUUCCACUAAGAAAAAAGUGCCUGUCGUGAGACUAGAUAAAGCAAACCCUCUUGCCAAAAAUAAAACGACUGAUACACAACAAUUGCUUGACGAUUUCAACAAUGAAAUUAUUCCUUUGACUGAUUUAAGUAAUCAAGAGAGCAAAGAUGACAUAGAGCUACCUAAGAACAAGACCAUGGUAGAAGAAAACGCUGCUGUAAAUUUGACUGAAAGUAUGGACACGGAACCUGUAGAUAGUUCUGGAGAUGUUAUAUUGAUUACUGAUGAGCAAUCACCUAUUGUCAUUAACACUGAAAGUUCUGCACCUGUUGGAAAAGAGACUCAAGAAAUGGCAGAGGCAGAUACUUUACCUAUGGACGUUGAUAGCGAAUCUAUUCCCUCUACUGAUGAACAAGCUACUAAUUCUAUUGCCAAGGUGCCAAUUGUAGAUGAUAAAUCACAGUCUGAUAACGAUAUUACCAAUGUGACAACUCAAGAACAUGUAACACCGGCAAUGCCUGCUACCGCUGAAGCGCUUACUGAUAUUAUAGCAGAAUCAAGUAACACCGGCUCACCAUUAAAAGACGACGUUCAAAGGAAGAAAGAUUUCUUGAAUGACACUAUUGAGAUUUCGCCUAUCAAAAGUAUGAGUCCUAUUAGAGAUGCUAAGAAGUCACCGUCUCCUGAGACAAGUACUGAUUAUGUCGUUAUAAAAUUGAGUUCCCCUGUUCAGAGUAACGGGGAGCCUUUCAUUGAGAAGUGCGAUUCGCCCGAAGUCUUCACGGAAGACAAAGUUUCGCCUGAUAAGCGGGACCAGUCACCGCCGCGGAAAGAGGUUGUGACUACAAAUUCUAGUCCAAGUUCUUCCUUAUCUUUGAAAAAGAACAGGCCUCAGAUGAGGCCUAGCGGUCGCGCUGCGCAAAUGUUGGAGCUCUGCGUAUCUGAGUCGUUACAGACAAUAAUAAGUACUGAUAGAUCUGAUAACGAAGAGAUCAAAAAGGGAAGUCCGAUGAAUAAUUCGUCGGCCAGGAGAAAUUUAAGGAUACUGUACAACUCCGUUGGAGAUAAUCCGGUUAGUGAAAUUCCGUCUAUUGAGAAUGAAAAUAAUGAGGAGAGUGAGACUUUCCUCAAAUUCAAGAGAGCGCUUCCUACAGCUGACUGUAGUCCUGCGGGGCCUAUAUUGAAGAGGAAACUUGCUGAUAUUGCCGAUGAGACUACUGCAUCAUCUGCAAGCAAGAGAAAGCGCGUGAGUUUUCACGACCCACCUGUUUCUACCACAGUAUCCGUGCAGAAAUACAUAGAGCCUCUCGGUGUACGAUCGCCACAGAGCUCAUCAUUAAAGCGGCAAGACUGGAAAUUACGUGCCCCUCAUCAAGGCAUGAAAUCGCCCAAACGCCUAGACAAAGUGUUCAGGCUGGAGACUGUGCUGACAAAGACGGUUGAAAGCUUCUCUGGCGAACCUACUAUAAGUAAUGAUACAGAAAUGAGUUUAGACGAAACCCCCGCUGUAGAAAUUGUAAAAGCUAGUGAAUUGAACGACACAGAUCCUAUUUGCCCUCAACUACUGGACUGCAAAGACCCUAUCGAUAACAUCGCAGGUGAACUGUCAUCUUACAGCACUAAAACUCUAUUAAUAAAAGAAUUACAAGGCAAAGUGGAAACUGUAGCUGAUUUAGCAAAAAUGACUGAGCUUGAAGUGAACAGGUUAUGUAUUAAGGCUCCCAAAGUAAAAAUUGCCAAAAAGGUAUUGACUGACUAUGCCUCUAAGAGAGCUAUUAAGAUACAGGAAAAUACUGUAAGUGAAGUAAUAGUGCUUGAUAAUGAAACGGUGAAUACAGAAGUACAAACGAAUAAGGUAUUGACGAAGAGUUUAACAACACAGACUGUGCCAGUGUCAGUCACUUUAAAACAUACGCAAACUGAUAUUUUACCAACGACACAUAGCAGCGCUCAAACAAAUGAAUCAGGAAAUAAGUCUACUAAAGAUGUUAUAGCUACGUGUUUGGUCGAAAGACCAGAUUUCGUGGAUCAGCUGGCUUCACAGUUGGAACCCACCGCACUUCAACGGAUCUCCGAAACGUUACCGGUCGACGCUUGCUUAUCCUUACUUUUAAAGAAAAUGGACUUCACAAACACCACUGAAGUACUAAACAAGGUGGUAGCUCAAUGUGCCAAAGACGACAGUGGUGAUAUGAAUUUGAGCAUCUUACAAGAGUAUCUAUGCAAAAGGUUCGCCUCAAAAGAUUUAAUUCUAUUAUGUAGCCAGUUACUGCAAAAGAUACAUGAUAAACCAUCUUAGAUGUGAUUUUAAGUUUCAUUUGUGUAAAUUAUUUUUUUAAUUGAGAUUGAUUUCAAUCGGAGCGUUGUGUUGCAAUUUUGUUUACGAAUAAAUCGUUAUGUUUAAGUUUUAGGGUGAAAGCACAUUUGUUAGCACCUAAUCGCAGUUUCGUAUACUUCUAUCUUUUUCUGUUACUCAGAACCGACGUUUGCUGGAGCGAGAAAGGGCGUCCACACGCUAUCGCUUCGUUGUUCUGCCGCGUGCGGUCUCACUCGCUGUAGCAAAUGACGGUUUUGAAUAACAGAAAAAGAUAGAAGUAUAAGAACUGACAGAUGUGGUUCAACCCUUAAUUAUUAUGUUGGAUUCAGAAUUAAAGUGUACUGAAACUUUGUAUCUAACUGGUAAUACAUUUUUAUAACAAUAAAACCCAAGUAGAAUUAUCAAAACUAAUUUAUUUAUUAUAUAAAACAAGUCAUAUUUACAUUAUUCAGUCAUGAGUCCUUUUGGAUCACAAUACGUCUGUCAUGUUUCGUACACAACUCCAAUUUUGCUGUAAUAACAACAAAUGCAACUGUGAACUAUCAUAUUUAUAGAUAUUAGUUUAUCCUGUAUAAUAAUCGUAGAUAUUAGAUAUAGUAGAAGACUUGAGUACAGGUUAAAGACACAGUACAGAUGGCAUCAUGAUAUUUUAUCACUAAUAUUUACAGCGUUUAUCUAAACACAGGUAACGUUAAAG